UCUGUUGAGCGAAUUUCAAACGAAAUAUAGUCUGCCGUGGAUCGUCGGACCGUUCAGUCUUUUUCCGUUCGAACAGUGUUCUCCGAUCUGUGAGGUUGCUCGCACACCUAUUUUUUAAAUUCCUUUAAGUUACUAAAUCCAAAAACACAAAUCCAUAAUGGCUGAUGAUGAGGCAAAGAAGGCUAAACAGGCCGAGAUUGAGCGCAAGCGUGCUGAGGUGCGCAAGCGUAUGGAGGAGGCCUCCAAGGCCAAGAAGGCCAAGAAAGGUUUCAUGACACCAGAGAGGAAGAAGAAACUUAGGUUGCUGCUCCGUAAGAAAGCCGCUGAAGAGUUGAAGAAAGAGCAAGAACGUAAAGCCGCUGAACGUAGACGUAUCAUUGAAGAACGUUGCGGUAGCCCCAGAAAUCUCAGCGACGCCAGCGAAGCCGAACUACAAACAAUUUGCAAAGAAUAUUGGCAACGACUUUUCAAUUUGGAGGGGGACAAAUUUGAUUUAGAGCAUAUAGAAAAAGUCAAAGCACAAGAGAUCAACGAUCUCAAUGCCCAAGUCAACGAUCUGCGUGGCAAGUUCGUGAAACCAGCCUUGAAGAAGGUCUCCAAGUAUGAAAACAAAUUCGCCAAGCUCCAAAAGAAGGCCGCUGAAUUUAACUUCCGUAAUCAACUUAAGGUUGUUAAGAAGAAGGAAUUCACAUUGGAGGAGGAAGAGAAGGAGAAAAAGAUAAAAGAUGCUACAUUAAAAUCAACAGUCAAAAAGUAAAAAACCCGACUGGUCCAAGGGCAAACCCGGUGAUGCUAAGGAACACGCCCCUGAAACACCAGCAUAAAUUCAUAGAUUGGCGUUCAACUUUAUAUAUAUUUGUGUAUGCAACAUCUGAAGGGGUGUUGAUUUUUUAGCAAUGGAGGAGCAGUAAAAAAUUAAUAUUUAAAAUAAAUGUGUACUUAUACGAAAGAAGGAAACCAAAAAUCGAAAAUAGAAAAUAAAAAUGUAUAAAUUUUGGAAAACCUUAUUUCUUUCUAAAUUUCUCAAAAAAAAAACUAAAAAACAACAACUUCAUCACCAAUAAUCAAAUAAUGGAACUGGCAAACGGCAACAGCGGGAAGGAUCAGUUGGAAAGCUUAAAAACAAGCCACAAUACUUUGGAGUGGCGCUGCGUCAAGCGCAGUUUACACAUGAGAGAAAAAGCAAAAAAAAAAAA